UGGUUUAAAGAUAAAGUUAAUUUAGAUACAAGAGAUUAUGGACAAAAAUUUAAAGAAACUUAUAAUACAGAACUUGAAGAUAUUUGUCAGAAAAUUCACAAUUCUAAAAGUUAUGAAGAUAUCAAAAUGUUUGUAAACAAUUAUAUAGCACAAAUUGACGGUAUUGACGGUGUUGACUACCAGUUGAAUGAUAAAGAUAAUUCAAUUGCAGAAAAUUUUACCUUAUUUCGUGAAAUUAUAGAGAAUGUGCUUAAUACAGAGAAAAAUAACAUUUCUAAAGGAAGUGGUCGUUAUCGACUAAAAAAUGAAUUGCUACUGAAUCUAUCUGAUGAUAAAUUAAUUAUGGAAAAACUUGGAUGCACGGAAUCAUGUUACUGUCAUCAGCCACGAGGUCUUGGUGGGACACAUUAUUUGGAAACGAAUAAACUAGUUGCAGCAUCAUGUCACGAACGUAUAAAUAAAAACGGUAUACGUUUUAACGGAUUAAAUAAAGAGUGGGGUGAUGUGAAAUCUCAAGAUUUUCCAAAUUGGAGUUUUGAAUCCCAUUAUUCAAAUUGGAACUUCGAAUCCCAUUAUAUGAGCGCUUUUGAUAAUCUUAUGCGUUGGUUUUUUCGAAUGCUUCAUAAGGAUCUGGCAAAAUCUCAAGAACUUAAUGCAGCAGAUGAAUCAGAAUUAGAAAAAAAAUGGUUGUUUAAAAAAUGA